GAGUUUUAUUGACUAAUUCAAUAGGCGCAGGAAGAAUUGUGAAAUCUAGGUUGCAUAUCCAGAGAGCAACAUCGCAUUCAGAAGAAAGUUGUGUAAGAAAAUAUAAACAUGGAAAGGGAGGCAGCUGGGCGAAUUCGGACAACGGAAUGGGAGGAGAUUCAGUACAAAUAUGGUAAUAAAGUAGGAAAAUACCAAACUCAUGAGUUAGAAAUUUUAGCUCAGAAAAUUGCUGAAAAAAAUGAAGACACUUGUUUAAGAUCUUACAACCCAUACGAAGAGAAGCUGGAAGACAAGCUGAAUCAAAGAUUUGGGGGUGAGAAAGGCCACGAUGACGAGGUUCCUAAUAUCGGCAGCUCCGACGAUGAUGAUGAGGUUCUGUGUGAAAUUCGCCAACGACGCAUGGCAGAGCUCAAGAAGCAGUUUCAGACCGAAUGCUUUGGUAUCUUACGUCAUAUCUCUGGUGCAGACUAUGUGAAGGAAAUCACAGAUUCAUCUGACAAGAAUUGGGUCGUGGCGGCACUUAUCAAACCAGGCCACAGUGACUGUGAAUCCUUGCUCAAUGUACUUCGAACGGUAGCCCAAAGGAACCGGGACACUAAGUUUGUUUCUAUGAUUUCCACCGAGGCUAUUCCAAACUUUCCAGAGAAGCAUCUUCCUUGUGUACUAUUAUACAAGAAUAAAUGUGUAAAGAAACAAAUCACGGGAUUGGAAGCCUGGAGGCAAAAAGGAUACCUCAGCCUGCAGACAGUCGAGCAUGUUUUGCAAGAGCAUGGGGUUUUGAAUCGUGAAGACUUCGUAUCGUAUGAUGCUUAA